GUUAUAGGCAUGCACAGUCUACGAUAUGGACUUGUUGUUUUGUCACUUGGACUUCUGUUUAUCAUGGUGCUGUUGUCAUUCAUUAUUGAAGACAGUAAGGAGCCUCUUCCAAGGCCUCUCCUGCAUCAGCAAAAUAACAGAUCCAACAGACUCGUUAGCCAAACACAAAGGCUCAGGAUCCCAGAGGAUCUGGGCUUCAGUGUAGAGGAGUGGGACCGGAUACAGAGGGCAGUUAACUGGGGUGAACCAGACCGCCAAAUUACCAAUGUAACUAUGUGCACCAGUCCGGACCACUCCACAUUCAUUAUUAAUGGCUUCAAGGAUAAGUACUAUGUGGGAGAGGAACUCCAAGCCACCAUUGUUGCCAAGGACUUCACUGGUAGGCCAAAAAGCUAUGGGGGAGAUUUCUUCCAAGCAAAGGCUUAUUCAAGGAAAUUAAAGGCUAGUGUGUUUGGAGAGGUACUAGACCAUCAGAAUGGCACCUACUUGGCCCGGUUCACUCUGCCCUGGGCAGGCGAGGCGUCGGUGGCAGUCCGCCUAAUUCACUCCAGUGAGGCUGUGCAAAUCCUCAAGCAACACCGGGACGCUGACCCUGACCGUGUCGACUUCUACGGCCAUUUUGAGGGCAAGAACCCCCGGGGUGUUAAAGUGAAGGAGAAGGUGGCCUGUACCGUUAAGUGGGAAGGGGUGGCAAUGCCUGGCAAGGGGAACUGCUGCUGUGAGUAUCCAGAUGUCCGUACCGGGCUGACGUGGUACUGCCGUAAACCCCCAACUCUGCCCUGCAAUACCCUGGUGUACUACAAUUUAGGUGUUUACAAGAAUCACAUGACAGGCCUUGAGAACAAAAUCAUGCAAAAUAAAUAUGUGAAUCGAUGGAUCAAGGGUGAUUCACUCGUGAUUAGAGUCCUUGCCUCUAACGCCACUCUUGGAGAGAGAGAGGCGUGUAAACCAGGGUUGCCCACGCCGAUACCAGCAGGAUUCUACUUGCAUGAUGUUUGGACAUCAUUUGUGUGUGCCACCCGUCACUUCGAUGCAGGGAACACAACAAAAUGUCUGAAGGACAAGCACAUCUAUAUAAUGGGAGACUCCACUACCAGACAGUGGUAUGACUUCAUCAUCAGAUCCGUGCCUACUCUGAAGCGCAUGAACCUACACACUACUGGGAAUAAUGGGCCCCAUAUGGCUGUGGACGUGGAGAACAAUAUCGACCUGCACUACCGCUCACAUGGCAACCCCCGCCUCAGCUUUAGCUGGCAGAUCAUGGCAGAUAUGCACUACAUUAGUAACGAGAUAGACGGCAUGGCUGGAGGACCGCACACUGUUAUCGUCCUCAACAUGUUUGCACACUUCACCACCUUCCCUUUAUCCUACUUUGCCUAUCGGGUGUCCCUGAUCAGGCGUGCAGUUGUGGAUCUGUUGAGACGUGCGCCAGAGACCAAGGUCAUCAUCAAGACAGCCAACACUGGGCGCAAGGAUUUCCAUCACACUGAUUGGCUAACUAUGCAGCUUGACCAAAUCCUGCGAGAAACAUUCCAUGAUGUUGGAGAAGUCUACAUUUUGGAUGUGUGGCAGAUGACUGCCUGUCACUAUAACACAGAGAACAUCCAUCCUGGUCCAGUGAUCAUCAAAAAUCAAGUCGAUAUUCUUCUCUCUUUUAUCUGCCCCACGUGAGAAGAAUGUUUCUCCUGGCUAUACUGUCCUCUCUGUGUCUGUUUACUGUGGCUAUGUUCAGAUUGUCAGCCCAAAUCUGAUUUUUGUCAGAACACCAAACCAGAACAGCAAAAAAAGGUUUUCCAGACACUAGCUGAUCAAGCGCCUUUACCAGCCAAUCAGUUUGCUUGACCACUCUGCUACAAGGAAGCCUGUGCACAGGCAAAUAUCCAUCUUUCACAGUGUUGUUUAGAACAUGUAAGCCUACUGCAACACAUUACCAUGUUUUUUUUUAUUCAUAGGGCCUUAUCUCACACCCAACACAAUGCACAUUAUGGCACCAAGCGUGACACAAGCAUUGUUCUUAUCUAACACCCAACGCAGUGAUGAUUUUGUGAUGAAGUGCUUGAGAGUGCUUGAUAUAUCUAGUACGGAGCCUGCGAAGAGUCACAUUGGUGAGUAUUUUUGAACUGCACUUUUUUCGUUCCAUCGCAAUAACUUGUAUGUGUUCCCUUGCAUAUUUUUUUUUCCCGGUCAACUUGGGCUCCGUACAGUAGCCAAGGCUAAAUCAGGUUAAUGCGCUGUCAACUCCUCACCUCUCAUGCUGGUGUAGGCUGGCCUACAGUUCGUUUGUAUAUUGUUGUAUGUGAGCCCCAGUUUAAAGUAAAACUUAAUAAUGUCCAGAUUGUCCAUGACAUGAGUUUUAGCCGAACUGCAGUCCAAGUAAACCUGUAUAGAGCCCAAGUUGACAG